CCGGUGUUCAGCGCGAGAGACGGCUACCGCAGCCGACUGACCCGCACUCCGACAGGGGCACAGACACGCAGCAGCCGGCACCCGAGCUGGACGCGGUGGCGGCGCGGAGGCAGACGCAGACAGGACAGGAGAAGGGUUUUUAAAACCUUGCUCCGAACCCCCCCCCCCCCCUCCCCAAAAACAACAACAACAACAACAACAACAACAACAAACAACCCAGAAAGAAAAUAGCUGAGAUGAAAGUCCUUUAACGCGCCUCAGAGAUCGUUCUCCUCCUCUCUGACAACCUGUCUCUCCACACUCCUCGGCCGAGGCGCGACGUGGAAGCAGCACUCCGCGCUCACAACUCUGCAACUCGCAUCUGCAGGACUUCCGGUCCGUUACCCGCCGCGCCAGCCGGACGCGAUGUACCGCUCGACCAAGGGGGCGUCCAAGGCCCGACGGGACCAGAUCAACGCCGAGAUCCGGAGCCUGAAGGACCUGUUGCCCAUAUCCGAGGCGGACAAGGCGAGGCUCUCGUACCUGCACAUCAUGUCGCUGGCCUGCAUGUACACCAGGAAAUCCGUCUUCUUCACCCAAGAAGCGGGAGCCGCUGCUAGUCUGGAGGAGAGCAUGCGGUUUCUGUCUUCCCACGAGCUGUCGGAGCUCAUGCAGGCGCUGCCGGGCUUCCUGAUGCUGCUGACCGGGGAGGGGAAGCUCCUGUACAUGUCGGACGGCGUCUCCGAGCACCUCGGACACUCCAUGGUGGAUCUCGUGGCACAGGGCGACAGUGUGUACGACAUCAUCGACGCCUCGGACCACCUCAUCAUGAGGACCAACCUGUCGGCCUCCACAUCAAUUGAGAUAGAGCGUCUCUUCCGCUGUCGUUUCAACACCUCCAAGUCCGUGCGGAGGCAGAGUGCCGGGAACAAGCUGGUUCUGAUCAGAGCUUGCUGCCUCUCCCCGCCCUCCACCCCUCCCGCCGCCGGGUCCUACUGGACCUCCAACCCCGUGUGGGUGUGUUUCUGCUCCCCCCUGGAGCCCCACCCGACCCGCUCCGGGGCAGAGAGGGAGCUGACCACCGCCCCUCCCCUGGCUGACAGCAACUUGUUCCUGUCCUGCUUCUACUCCCAACACGGCCGCGACAUGAGGCUGGAGACCGCACAGGACAGUGUGAGCGCCUAUCUUGGCUUUGAUGUGACAGCGUUACGCUCUCGCUCCUGGUACAGCCUCCUCCACCCACAGGAUCUGUCACAUGCCUCUGCUCAGCACCGCAGCCUAUUGAGGGAGGGAGGAGAGGGCAGAGCCGAGAUGGUGGUGCGUGUGCAAGCUCAGGACCAGUCUUGGGUUUGGCUCUACAUGGUGCUGCAGCUGCAGCCUGGAGAAAUCCCCAUCAACAGCAACAACUAUAUCAUCAGUGAGUCCGAGGCCUGGUCAGUGCGUCAGCAGCUCAGCUCAGAGCAGACCCGGCUCACCCUGGUACUGACCUCCGGCUCUCACCAGGAGGGUCUGAGCAUGCAGUCCCCAGAAACCCUGUCCAGCCCGGACCAGGUCUUCACCCCAGGCAGCAGUGGUCUGUCGGCCCAGUCCUUUGACUUCAGCACCGCUGGCUGCAGCGUGGGCUCCUCUGAUGAGCCGGGGAGCUCUGCAGCUGAGGCCAUGCAGGUGGAGGGCGACCCUCGUUCCAGUAUCUCCUCAAUGGAGGAAGAAAGCUUCUUUCAGCAGCAUCCCACUGAGAGGCCAUCGGCUGCCUCCUCCCCCACCCCAGUCACCGUUGAAACAGUGGCAGACCUUGACUUUUUAACCCAGACCAUUCUCCUGCCACCGUCCUUCCAGCUCGACCCUCCGCUGCCCGCUCUCCCCCUUCCCCUCCCACCUGUCCCCACCGCGCAAGCUCAGCAGACAAAAGAGUUUGUGUGCACGCCACCCUACACUCCACACAUCAGUGGGCCUAGCUUCCCAUUCAGUGAACCACUCUUCAGCUUUGACCCCACGGGCACUACCACACCUCCGCCCUCUGCUACAACAGCCACUGCCACCACCUCUUUAGCCCCCUCAGCGUCUCCCUCUGCUCCACCAACUACCGCCUCCAGCCCUGCUCCCCCUACAAACCUCUCCACCAAGCUUCCCCUCGCUCUACCCACCCCGUCCACCGAUCUCCUCUUCCCCAUUGAGCCCUGCAGCGGCUCCCUCUAUGAGAAACUGCCCCCCACACCCGACAGCCCCGGAGACGGCGACUGCACAGUGAUGACUCUGCCUGAGGUACGGGGUCCACUGUAUGUAGACGUACCACUAGGGCCCCUCCAGUGUCCCCCUGAUGGCCUCCUCACCCCCGAGGCAUCACCUGGUAAACAGUCCUUCCUCUCUUUCUUCUCCCUGGAGAGAGAGCGGGAGAAGGAGAGGGCAGAAAUCUCUCUCUUAGCUCAGCACAUCAGCUCCCUGGCAGAGGGAUUCUACCUGGAUCCGCUCUUGUCCAAACUCUCUCCUCCCUCCAUGUCACCCUCAUCCUCCCCUCCGUCCCCCUUCCUCUCUCCCACCAUAGAAACAGUUGAUGUCGAUUCAGUCUACAUGCAGAGGGAGUUUUAUCCCAUCAAAGCAUGGAGAGGACUGGACAUGCCCAUGUUCCUAGAUGAUGAUGACUCUCUGUUUGAAGAGAGCAUCCUAGAAACCCUGCUCCAAGACGACUUUGCUCCUCCUCAGACCCCCCACCCCUCCCCCCCCUCCCCGUGCACCUCUCCUUUGCCCAAUCCCUCCAGCCCAGUCUGUCCUCUAACCCCAGUGUGCUGGCGCCAACCCUCCCAGUUUGAGGGAGUGGGCCACAUCUGUAGCGUCCAAUCGGCGCAAUGUAACUCCAUGGCUGGGUGUGGGGCGACUGUGGCUUCUGAGGCUGGGGUACAGGCGGAAGGGGAGGGGCUAGCGGAGGAAGCAAUGGAGAUUGAGGUGGUGUCAUCUCCUGUAUCCUCUUGCUCCUCCAUUCCAGCUUCCCCUCCCCUCAUUCUCACUGCCUCCCCCAGCCCCGCCAUCUCCAUGCCCAUCGGCUCACCCACGCCCGCCAUGUCUUGCACUCAGUCCCUCCUGGAGGAACUGGCCGUCCUUGAACCCAUGUUUGGGGCAGGUGCCUCGAUCGCCCCUGGCUUAGGGCAACAACCUGAGUUGUAUCAACUCCAAUGUCAUCCAUCGCCACAGUGCUUCCACAAAGAUGGGAGUGGAAGUGUUCCUCCGUUCUAAAAUAAGUCUGUGACUUACUUCAUUAAGUAUGGCAUAUUGUCAUAUUUUGUGGAGCCACUUUUACUGAAAAGUAAAGAAUUAUUAAGUGUAUAAAUAUACAUAAUGUAUAUACAACUUAAGGACUUUAACUCCUACAUGUCUCCUAAGAACAAAGAUUGGCUUUAUAUUUUUGUUCAGUCAUAGUCUGUGUACUACUGCAAAACAGGUGCAACAUUAAAUACACGAUGGUGCAACCGCAUGGGCCCAUAACUGACUGGGUUUUGGGUCCAUGUGGUGUUUUUCAGCUUCUCUGUAACACGAGUUCCAGAUAUAACCAGACAGAGAAACGUCUCUGAACUUUUAAGCGCUGUUUUAACUUCCAGACGCGCAUUUGUAUUCACUCGUAGUGAAAACUCUGUCGUGAACAAUAGCACUUUUGCCUGACAUGCAGCAACGCAAACCCAAACCUCAAAUGUACUGGAAGUCAAAUAUUUACAAAUUGUUUGCAUCCCUAGGAUGACCACUAUCAGAACAUGAAAAGAAGCAUGAGUUAUUGCAGUGUAAUCUUCAGUCCAGUCUUCAGAGCUGCUACAGCUCAGGUUUGACGGCACUCUGCCUUCACAGCCUUUAAGGCUUUUAUCAAAUCUCUCUAAUGAUAAUAAUCAACUCAACACUUGAGAAACUUUGAGCUUCGGGUUUGUGCUUGAAACCUUUAACAUUUCAUAUUUAUCUCUCCAUCUAAAAUCUUGUGUAUCAAUGUGAUGUGCAAAACAAAACAAAAAAAAGAAAACACGUGAAGAGAUCCUGGCAUGUGACGAUCUCAAGAAUGUUAGCGGUGUCCAUUGCUUCACGAGAUGAAACACCAAAACAAGAGAUUGUCUGGAAGUUUGAGAUCUGAUCAUGCCACGAAUUCACUGCUACGUUGUACUGUACAUUAGACUCUGAAUGUGUGCUCUUCAGGUCGCUCAUGGCCUGAGGGCAGUCGGCUGGAUAUUCUUGCAGCAUCAAUAUUUGCAAUGCUGGCAGCUUAUAGCGGCUCCUGUGUGCCUGAAAUGGCCCUGACCUGCUGAACUCUUUAUCAUGUCCAUUCAAUGUGGACAGUUGCAUCGUUGCUCCACUGGAGCCGCGGUGCAGUGAGGCACAAUUGACUAUGUGAAUGAGCGAUUCUUCUUUUUUGAGAGGGGUUAGAAUACUAAAGUUUUGUUUUAAAAAAUGAAAAAUAGGGAUUGGGUGCUAUUUCUAUUCAGUUACCAAGCGACACGGCUUGAGAAUGGUACUAUUCCCACGGUGUCGACAUGCUCACGUAGAGUUGUCUACGGUCAAGUAAAGGAUUGAUUCCUACGUUCUAGCUAUUAAAGGCUAAGUUAAUAUACAUGUGUAAAAUUAUAUAAUUGUAUGUGUGGUAUUUGAAAAAAUGAUGUUAUUGCAUAUGCAUUAUGUCUGAAGAUACAGGCAUAUGUUCUUUUCAGAAAGGUUGUACACAUUUGUACAUUUGUAUGAAACAGUUAUUGGUCUGUAAAUAUGAGAAAGAGAUUUUUAUUGCCAAAAAUGGAAUAUAUUCUGAACAUCUUAUUUACUGCAGAAUGGACAUUGUGGACCAGUGUUCUAUCGUGAUGCUUAUAAGUGUAUUUGGUUGUCAUACAAAUGCAUUUAUAUUAAAGUGCACUUAAUGCGA